AUGUGGCCACAAAUACAUAUCAAUGUGUCGACGAUUCAGAGUGUUUGGAGGGCGAGUGGCAGUGCGCUAAUGGCUUAUGUAUACCGGAAUCCAGACGUUGCGAGCUACAUUAGUAAUAUGGGAGCACUCCGCGGACAUUUUAAUUGCUUUGAUAUGAGCGACGAAACCCAUUGCAGUUGCAAAGAGGAUGAGUUUCACUGCGGAAACAAAACCUCUUGUCUGCCGAUCAGCCAACGAUGUGAUGGAAUAAUUCAUUGUUGGGAUGGAGAGGACGAACAGAAUUGCACGAAAUGCCUAAAGCCAUGUAACUGUAGUGUUGUGUGGAGUACUUACUCGCAACGUCUGGAUUCCGUGUGUUCAGAAAAUCAAUUCACGUGUAAUUCAGGACAAUGUAUACCAAUUGAAUCGUUUUGCGAUACACACAAACACUGCACCGAUGGCUCCGAUGAACCCGACGGUUGCAGCGCCGGUACGGUUUGCAAGUCGCACGAAUACCAGUGCAAGAAUGGCAGAUGUCUGUCCUCCCGGAGCGCAGUGUGCGAUGGGACCGACAAUUGCGGCGAUGGUAGCGACGAAAUUGAUUGCAAACACGCGUCCAAUCAUACAUCACAGCUGACCAGACAAGAUGGUACACCCGGUGCCACAGCUAUUAAUAAUUGACUCACAAAUCCCGCUAUAAAAACACAACACUAACCAAAAUCCAUACAUCAUUGACGGUCGUCCAGACCACUCACUCACACACACCAUACCAGCCCUUUCAGACCAUCAGCCCAUCGAUGGCUAUAACAAUAGCGGCGAGAGUGAAGAUGUGCUGCUUUUUUGUGUCCAUUAUUUAUUAAUAGAUUUUUUAUUUUAACGACAAAUGCCAUCAAAAACGAUGUGUUAUAACAGAGUAUAUAUUGAUAUAUAGACAAUGAAUUAGGACGAAAAAAUCCAUCGACUUAACCAUAAUAUAUAGGAAAAGCAUUUUUUGCUAUUCUGGACAAUACACUGAGAGCCACUCCUUUGUUGUAUCGAAAUAAUAAUAAUAAAAAUAAUAAAUAAUGGUUUAAGUGUUUGACUGAAAGGAUAGGAGAAAAGUGUGGACACAAUGGGAGACACACGAAAUCAGAUGAAGUGAUUAAAUGAAUAAUUGAUGUGAAUUACAGAUUAAAUAUGAAAAGUGCGAAACGUUUUCUCAUUUGAUUUAUUGGUCUCUCCAUUGGCUUAUAAUACAUACGAGAAUUUGUUUUUAUAUAAUAGCAAACAGAAUGCGUUUAUGACUAAAACGAGGGCACAGUUUAGUUGCACUUAAUUUACAAUCAGUUUUUUCAAUACACUUUUGGAGUCGAAACCAAAUUGGG